AGCGAGUGAGCGCACGGUCCAGUGUGCGCGCCGUUGCCGCUGCUACUGCAUGGUUCCGUGAAGGACGUGCCCGGGAACGCGUCACCUUCUCACGCACAAAGGAUUAAAUGAAAAGAAAAACAAACUGCAGGUUUUUCCACCGUGAUUACAUCUGCACGGAGCCAACCAGACUGAUUGUACCCUCGCUGGAUCCCUUGAAUUGUAAGCCUGCACUUUUCCCAUUGUGAGAGGACAGCAGGUGUUUCACUAUCUCACACCAGCUGGUGGGGUGGCCUUGGUGGCUAGGGUUUAUUUGACCCAAUUUUCUCAGCAGAAAAAGGAAUAAUAUUCUGAUAAGUGAGAGGAGACCAGACCAAAAAGUGACAGCGAAGAGCUGCUUGCAAGGGAUGGUGGAUAACUUCUUCAGGAACCAGGAGACCUUUCUUCCUUACUGUGGCUCUCCACCUGCCUACCAGCUUUCUGACAUGGUGACGGACGCGGGCUCGUACCAGGUGAUGCCGUCCCCGUUUUCAGAGGAUGACAUGAGCGACUCUUCCAGCCCGCGUUCGUGCUCCAGUCCGGAAUCCCAGGUGCUCAGUUCCAGCUAUGGCAGCAACUCUAGUGUGGAAAGCCAAGACAGCAUCCUGGACCAUCUGCUGUCCCAGACCACUUUAGGAGGUACCAGCAGUCUCUCAGCAGGGGCUACCCCUAUACACUUAUCUACUUUCUUAUGGGAUAUGCGGAGUGAUGAGCACUCCAAACGAGAAUCUGUGAAGGAGGAAAAUUUUGAUUUUAUUCCCUGGUCCAAUGCGGAGACAGAGGAACGACUUAGAAGUUCAUUUCAACCCACGCUAGAAGAAAUCGAAGAGUUCCUAGAGGAGAACAUGGAUGUGGUGACGAUGAAACAGGAGAUCAGAGAUGGCUGCCCUGCAAUUGGAAUGGAACUGGAGAAGGGACAUGAGGUAGAUGUUGCCCUGGAAAGGUGUACGGAUUCUACUCCCGAGCCUGAGAUGGAGGUCGAGGCCAAGAAUUCAGACCAUACUGUUCCCACUGCCAGUGCUCCUGGUUUGCCUGCUGCUGCCUCCAGUGAGACCAAACCAACACUGGUUAACCCCACACACAAAUCUAGCAUGGGGCCACAAGGUGAGGUUAAAAAGAAAUCAGCCAGUAAAGUUGGGCCAGCAGACAAUGGCACUCAUGGUGGUGGUGGGAUGCCAGUUGUACUACAGAUUCAGCCCAUACAGAUCAAGCAGGAGUCCACAGUUGCGUCUCAUGCCACAUUAGCCCAGUCUCUACAGCAUGCCCCAGCCACCGACAUCAAAAUUACACAGCUGCUAGUUAACAUACAGGGUCAAACCUUCGCCCUGGUGCCACACGUCCUGCCCUCCCCGAACCUUAACAUCUCCAAGUUUGUGCGUAUCGCACCCGUUCCCAUUGCAGCCAAGCCUCUCGGGCUCGGGGACAGUUCAGCCAGCCAAGGGUCGGGGAUUCUUGUUGGAGGACAAAAGAUCCAGAGGAACCCAGUGGCGGAUCUCAUCAAAAUGCACAAAUGCACGUUUCCUGGCUGCACCAAGAUGUACACCAAGAGCAGCCACCUGAAGGCCCACCUGAGGAGGCACACAGGAGAGAAACCCUUUGCCUGCAACUGGCAGGGCUGCGGAUGGAGGUUUUCUCGGUCGGACGAGCUGUCCCGUCACCGGCGCUCCCACUCGGGAGUAAAGCCCUACCAGUGCCAAGUGUGCGAGAAGAAGUUCGCCCGCAGUGACCACCUAUCAAAACACAUCAAAGUCCACCGGUUUCCACGCAGUAGCAGAACGGUGCGCUCAGCAAACUGAAUCCUUGCUGGGAAUGCCGGGAACGCUCUUACAGACAGAGGCCGUGGGAGUAAGGUGUGAAUGCGUAUGUGCGGACGUGUUGUUGGAAGCACUUCUUGCUCUUUAUUCUACAAGUUUAUGAUUUUUUUUAUUGUACAAAGAGAAACCGUCACGGUGACCAUCCUGCCUGUAAUUGGCUAAAGGUUGUUGUUGUUGUUGGUGCUUUGGUAUGUUGUGUUCCUUAUGUUUGUUCUGGCCUUAUCUCUUGCCUCAACAGAAGAUAAGAUAAGCUUAUUUUCAUUCACAUGGAAUUAUGUGAUUUCUUUGGUAACUGCCUUGUGUGUGUGUGUGUGUGUGUGUAUGUGUGUGUUAUACCUGGGUAUGUACAACUGCCUUUAAUUUCCCUGAAAGCUGUCAGUGUCUUGGACAUUCCAAAUCUUAUGCAAAGUUUAGUCUGAAGUCUAUCGGUAUUCACACUGAUGACUACAAGAGGAGCAGCAGCUCUUCCCAGCAUCCCCUGCGGUUUUUGCCUGAGUUCUUGCUUCUUUGCACAUAGUUGGACAGAAAAACUGUCACAUUCAAAGUCUGCACAGAGAGAGGAAGUCAUGAACCACUGACUGCACAAGUAAGUAAGGAAGCCUGAUAAUAAGCUACAUGAA